GCUGGGCUUGACGGUGUCAACUCUCUUCUUGCAUGUGUGUGAACUGGAAGGAGAAAGUGAUCAGGGGACUCUUGGGGACUGGAGAAUCGUGUUAAUAGUGAAGAUGGGAGUAGAAGAUACUGCCUGUUAAGAACUGGAGUCUGUUUUGAAGUUGGGAAGAGAAAAUAUCCAAAGUGCAGUCAUCAUGGGAGCUGAAGAAGAAAUCCUCAUCACUCUGUCUGGAGGUGCCCCCUGGGGCUUCCGGCUGCAAGGGGGUUCAGAGCAGAAAAGACCCCUUCAGGUGUCAAAGAUCCGAAAGAGAAGCAAAGCAUGCCGUGGAGGCCUGUGGGAAAAUGAUGUGCUAAUAUCUAUCAACGGGAAGUCAUGUGCUGGCCUCUCCCAUGCUACUGCCAUGAAGAUCAUUGACUCCUCCAAUGGCAUGCUGAGCAUUCAUGUGAAAAGGAUAGUUGGUGGGGACCAGACUGGCCCAUGGCUCCAGCACUGCCCUUCUCCAGGGCAACGAGUGCUCUCCCCGCCAUCCCCGCUCAGCCCCCCAGCACAGCUACUGAGCCCUGAACCAGCAAGAGCCCUGGUCACCGCACAGCCCUCGCAGCCACAGAGGUUGCAGAGGCACCUGGAGAGCCUCACAUCACCACCAGACAGUGAGGCUUACUAUGGUGAGACGGACAGUGAUGCUGACAAUGUGGCCCAGGAGAAGCACCGACGGGCUCGCAAAAAAACCCCACGCUCCCCGCCUGACAGCACUAACAGCAAGGCAGAUGCACCUCAGGAUGAGGUGUCCCUGUCUGAACAGAGCGGCUACGAGAGCAUGCCGGAGGCUGCUGUGCAGGGGGAACCUGAGGUGGCCAGCUCUGUCGGGGUGGCCAAGAGGGAGAUUGCCUGCCCACCUGGCAGCCGCACAGACACUCCAAUCUCAGAAAGCGAGGGACAGUUGCAGCCACCGUCGAUAGAGGGACGAGAGCCUUCUCCAGAGGCGAUGCUCCUGCCCCAUGCCACCAAGGCUAUCCGAGCCGAACGCCAUCUCAUCCCCAUGGUGGGGCCAGUGGAGCACCCGGUUGAUGAAGACCUAACCACCACAUAUGCGGAGAAAGCCAAGCAGGCCAAGCUUCACCGCCACGAGAGCAUCCAAGAGAAGAACGUGAAAGAAGCCAAAACCAAGUGCAAAACCAUUGCAUCCCUGCUGACAGAUGCACCCAACCCCCACUCCAAGGGGGUGCUGAUGUUUAAGAAGCGCAGGCAGCGGGCUAAGAAGUAUACAUUGGUAAGCUUUGGGAGUGUUGACGGAGACCGCUCCUACGAGGAGGAAGACGGAGUUUUUCCAACUAGUGAGUCUGAAUUUGAUGAGGAAGGUUUCUCUGAUGCCCGAAGCCUAACAAAUCACUCAGACUGGGACAACACUUACCUGAACAUUGAAAAGGCCAAGCCUGACUCUAGAAAGAAGGAAGAGAAACAAAAAGGUUUGAGUGAGGCCUCAGGUAAAGGAGCACGAUUAUUUGAGCAGCAGAGGGAACGGGCUGGGAAGUACACAGUUGAGAAAGUCCCAGUGCAGAAGAGCCCCCAGCUUGCACCAGCUGCCCAGCCACAGCACAGCAUAGUGAACGGAGAUAUGCCUGUGCCACAGAAGGCAGACAGUGUGCCCCUCAGCAUCUACCUGGAAGGCAUGCAAGUGCCCAGCAAGCAGUCAGCCACCCUCCCCACUCAGCUCCUUGCUCCCCUAAGCCCCACUUUCUUCCCACCUUCCCCAAGCACCCCCAACUCCUUCUCUGCAAGCACAACGAGCAUGUUCAACAGGUCUGCACAGCCCUUUACUCCUGGGUUUUCCAGACAACGCCCAGCAACAUCCUCUGUCAUCUUCAGGCCAUCUGCACCCAAAAAACCUAGUGAAAGUCUGGGUGGGCAAAGCACAGUGGUUCCCCCUUUCGCACCUCUGGCUCCAGGAACACCUGACAAUGCAACAGUGCCAACACACCGCAGUCCAGUCAGCUCCUCCACAUCUCUGUAUAUUCCUGCACCAGGAAGGCCAACACCACCACUGGAGUCACAGCCAAGAGGAGGAGGAAGUGCUCCAGAGACUAAGCCUUCUGCCAACACUGCCCGAACAUCCACCACCUCUAUCUUUCUGUCAGCUCCCUCAAAGCCAGGAGGGGAGGUGGCCUCUGUAGCAUCCCAGCCACGAGUCCCUGGAACAGCCUCUUCUUCUCUGUAUAUUAGUCCAGCACCAUCACAGCACAUGAUAAGCAGUUCCCCCAUGCCAAAGCAGCCUUCUCCUGCCAUCUCACCAGCAAUGCCACGACCUCAUUCUGAGCCCUUAACCUCCAGGGAGCAGAGGAUUGCUGUGCCGGCUCCCCGCACAGGCAUCCUGCAGGAGGCUCGCCGGCGGGGCAACAAGAAACCCAUGUUCAGUAAGAUUGAGGAGAAGAAGAAUUCACCCAAUCCUGAGCUUCUAUCUCUGGUGCAGAACCUGGAUGAGAAGCCAAAAGGUGACCACCCCGGGGCAGGCUUCGAGUCUGGGCCUGAGGAGGACUUCCUCAGCCUGGGUGCUGAGGCCUGCAACUUCAUGCAGUCCUCUGGCCGCAAGUUCAAGACCCCACCUCCAGUGGCUCCUAAACCUCAGCAGCAAGAUGCUGGACUGGUAAAUGGUGCCCAAGACAUGCCUCAGCUUAAAGGCAAGGGGGCAGAGCUCUUUGCCAAACGCCAGAGCCGCAUGGACAAAUUUGUGGUGGAGACAACACCAAAGCCAGAGUCCAAGCCCAGGACCCCCUCUCCUUCCCCUUCUCUACCCUCAUCCUGGAAAUACUCACCCAACAUCCGGGCUCCCCCUCCAAUAGCUUACAACCCAAUGCAUUCCCCUUUCUAUCCCCUGGCAGCCAGCAAAUCUCAGGCUAGCAAAGCAGAGAGCAAAGUGAAAAAGGCACCUGGCCAGAAAUCAGGGAUCAAGGUCAUUGAUUUAAUGCACCACCAGCCCUAUCAGUUAAAGUCAGCCAUGUUCUGUUUUGGGGAUACCCCAAGCCCCAGCAUUCAGGAUCCUCCUCAUCAGCCAACGCUGCAGGCUAGCUCAUCCUUCACAGCAGCCAAGCAGGUCCCCAUAAAAACAGUCAAGACCCAGGAAAUUCAUCGCUUCUCCACUCCGGUCCCCAUGUCAACCUCAAGCAGCCUGGCACCUACCGUGCUUGCGCCCCGCUCAGCCACCACGUUGGAUGAGCUAGUGUGGAGAACAGAAAUGGCCUCUUCUGCCCCCACUACACCAGCACCCUUCCAGGUAGAGCUCAGCCAGUCCCCUAAGCCAUACCAGAGCUCCCCAGAGCCUGGUCAGGCAGGACAGGGGCCUUCCCCAAACCCAGCCUCAGCCUCUCGGUUUCAGGUGGCCAGGCCCAAAUUCUCACCAGCAAGAACAGGGAUGCAGGCCAAUGUGUGGAGGCCAAGCUUUGGUCACCACUGAGGUAGGCACCCCUCCCAUCCUGUCCAUGGCCCCGCAAAGGUAGUGCUCGUUUUGUCUUUCAUGUCAGCUCAGCACAUUGGGAUGAGUGAUGCAAAAUGAAGAAAAGAGAAAAAAAAAUUACGCCCUUCUGCACCACCCUCUCCCCUAGUCUCCCCUUGGUCUCACAUGGGCAGCUUCACGGCAAGGCUUACUGGCUUAUAGCAGGCGGAAGAAUUAGGAGAGAGGGCACACAUGUGGCACACAGACCAGGAACUUACACGCAGCAGCAAAACCCACCACUGGAGGGGUCGAAUGGCAGGGUCUGUCUCACAUGAGGACAUGCAGGCAGUAGCGGUUUUCUUUUGCAAAGGGCUUUGGAGUCACCCCUGAAUGAAGUGAGACUAGGGGGCAACAGCUUUCCAGGAAGAAAGCAUCAGAGGUGGGAUGCAGUACAGAAGCCCUAGCUUCCUGAUUAGACUGCUUUUCUCUGAGCCUGUUAGUCUGCGCACACGCACACAGCCGCACUCAGCGGGGAGUGAAAGCAGACGUGGGGCUUCACCUUGGACACGUCUCCCAGACUCCCCUCCCGAGGAAAAUGGGAAAUGAGGCAAGAGAGCACAGUGAGGGGUGUUUGCGCAUGCAGGCAUGAGCAGCCUGCCCUGUGCAGAAGAGUGGCUAUGUGUGCCUGUUCCUCCAGUCACCAGGGCUGGGGGUAAAAGGCAGAGUCAUCCUAGCUGGUGCUUAACACAGCUAUGAGGUCUGGGAGCAGUUUGCCAAAGAGGGACAUUGAAAGGACUUGAUGGGGCUAUCACAAGCUGGAGGAACCACAGAAGGAAGUAUUGAUUUUUGAGGAUACCGAAGUCAAAGCUAAGCUCAGGCAGUGGCUAGCUCACCAAGGAAAGUCCUGCAGCGUUAGUCCCACUGGAACAGGAUACAGAUGCUGUAAGUACAAAGGAGGAUUGCGUGGGAGAACGUAUAGCUGGCUUUAAAAGGAGACGGGAUUGAAUAUGCAUUUGCACAUCAUCUUUUUGUUUACAAUAGAAGUGUGGCUAGAUUGGCAAUGGAUUAUGACAAAACUUGCUGAAAACUUUGUGAUGAGCUGGAAAGCGGAUCCCCUUUACAGACACUCUCAGUAUGGAAGUAGAGGACAGGCAAACAGAAAGUCAGAAGUAGAUUUUAAUACUAAAUGAUUUAAAUAUCCUUGGGGUCUAUUUGGUAAGAACUGAAGUGCUCUGAGAGUCCCAGAGGAUCUGCACUCUCAUACACAUACAGAGCUCAGUCUGCUGGCAAUGCUGGGGAAACAGGACUGGUUAUUCCUUGAAUGUCCCAGGCUACCCUCAGACUUAAUCCCUACACUAAACGCAUACAGGAAGAAAGCAUUCCCUUUCCCAAGGAAGAAUUCAGGGUAUUAGUAGGGACUGUGCAUGUGUGGCGUGCAUGUCAUUUGUGCUCUGGUUUGCACACACCCCUGCCAUUUGCCUUCUGCCUGUGCUUCCUCUUUUGCAGCAGCCACUUUUGCAGUGUGAUCCCUCAAGCACACCAAGCUGGAGCUUACAAUGUGUAGCUCUUUUCACAAUAGCUGGGGGCUCUACUUUUUCUUGAAGGCUCAAAAGAGUUUCUAUGUGAGCACCUGGAAAUUCUGCAUGGGUGUUCUCUCACAAAGAAAAAGAGGGCCAGAGAACCUAGCUAGCAGCUCUGUCCCAGACAAGCUUGGGAGGGAGAGAAUGAGAGAAAAGUAAUACACAAUCCUGCCUUUGAAUCCUUCACACUCUAGCUGGGCUUGUUCUGCAGGCCUGUGUUUGCAGUGCACAUUCCUGGGGGCUGUGAAACGUAGGAUGAGCAUGCUGAGAGAGGAGGACAGCACUUACUUCACUUGGCAGACUAUUAGCCACAAGAGAGGAUGGAGAGAAAAACCUUUGCGAAUGUCUUGCGUUAAUGAGCAAAGGGGUGGUUGAGACGGAAGAGGUGCUGCACCUGGCUGAAUAACAAUGGGGCAGCCGACCUGAACUGAUGAGGUGAUUGUACGUGUUCCUGGAAAACCCCAGAGGGGAGGCCUUAUGACAAGCUGUCACCACAGAGUUAAUUUAGAUCACCAGAAUCCACUUAGCUCUGGUGAAGGGGAGCAGCUAUGCUACAAAACCUAAUUGGGAUUAUUGCUUUCUCACUCAUCCUGUGCUGUAUUGCAUUGCCAGUGUCUCUGGAAAAAAAAAUCCUGUAUGCUGUAGCAAGCUGCAUCUCUGUGAUUCUUCCCAAACAUGGAAGGUGGAGUCUUCUGUUUUUUCUAGGAAAGCUAUGGGAGGGAACUCAAGGACUUGCGGUGCACCAAAAGCUUUGUCUUUAGUCUCCUUGUAGAGUGCUGUCUGCCAUUCCCUAGUGCUUUUAGCCACUAGCUUUAGACAGACAAGCUAGCCCAGGGUGAAAGCAUUACUGAACUCAGGUGUAGAGAGGGGUUGUGUGGACCAGACGAAGGGUGCUCAAGAUAAUUCUGCAGUGAAGAAAUAACCUCAGAAAGUGUGAAUCUUACUCCAGUGUCCCUCUCCCUCAGGUUCCUAAAGGUAAGUGCUCUCAGGGCCUAAGCAUCUUGGGAAAUUCAUUUUGCCACUGGAAAAAAAGAGAGGUCUGGCCUUAGCAUGUAAGGGAGAUUACAUGUAGUUAGUAUUUCAGUAUUUCACCCCAGAUUUCUGGGAGACACUGAUGCACGCCUAGGAGUAAUGGCCAAAACACUGAUGAAUGUCAGAUGUCAGGACCCAAGUGGGUGGAAUAAUUGCACCUGACCCAUCAUUUCUGAUAAAGCAAUGGGAAGGAGAUGAAAGAAAAAGUAGGUCUGAUUGGAGAAUGAAUAUUAAACAUCAGAGCAAGGAAGAGAACCAGGAGGCUGGGGAUCCUGCACUUCACUUCUAACAUACUUGGUUCAAAGCUAUGUUUAGAAGCAAAGCCAAAGUAGUUGAUGGAUCUCAGCCCUCCCCCAUCUUUUCUUAAUCCCUGUGCAAACACAGGGCUUGACCUGCAGAAGCAGAGGGUGUUGCAGAUGAGGCCUACAGUGCUUCUGGUGUAUCCCAAAUAAAGCCUGUGGCUGCAAGUAGCAUGAGAUGAGAAAUAAAACUGAGAUGCAUCUGCUAAGCUAUAAGGAAGAAACCUGCACUACUGCUGGCUUCAAGCAGCUCUGCUAGUGUUUGCUUAUGAAAAUAUUGUGGCUGACCUGUUAGAAAGGUCACAGGUGAGGUUACAAGGAAUACUUUUGAAUCAUAUAAGCUUGUCUUGAGCCUCUCCAAAUUACUAGUUCUUCAGCUGUUGAACAAGUACCAAAAUAAAGAGUUGUUUGACAAGUUUUAGCUCCCACCUGCUAAGUUAUAAGCUGCAGUGGUAGGCUGAAGAUGUCUACAUGGGCUCUGAUUAAAAACUGCCUAUCAUCCCUCCUCUCUAUUAGGCUGCAGGUUACACACUGCAGCUAUGGCAAUUCUGGGGGUUUAUCUUGCUUCAGAAAUAUCAGUCCUUUCCAUCUGAAUAUAUGGGAACACCUGCCAGAGAUAAUCUCAAGAUCCUGUAGCAGCUGGGAGGAAGAAUCUCAGAAGACACUGGUGUGAUGAAGAGUCACUGACUGCUAGACAUGAGCACAGUGCAAGCCAAGAUUGUCCCUCAGCAAUAAUAUGCUCCCUUUCUGCUGUAAUAUCAAGCAUCCCCUACCAGACCCUCUUUCUAGAAGAGACUUGUCAGUGCUCUGAAAAUGGGAGCCCAGCAGCAGUGCUCUGCCUUGCGGAAGAUGUGACCCCAGAACAGAGUUGGCAUCUUUGUUUAUGGAAAUACUUUUUUUCCUUUUCUGUUUCGUCUUUCUUUACCAAUUUACAGUCACUUUCUAUUGUUUGUGCAGAAGAAUAAACUUGUGAUAUGCACUUUA